AUGGCACCGAGGAAACCGACAACAACCACAAGGGGCCACAAGGGCGCCACUUCCAAGAGGGCCCGCGAGCGCGACGCUGGUAUGCUAGAAGGCCGAUCGAAACGACAGAAAACGUCAGCAACAGCCGAGCGUCUCAUCCAAACUCAGGCUCAGGCUCAAGCUCAUACUGCCAGCGCUGUGCCGCGAGUAUCUCACCGAUCCCAAACGGCAGCAGCAGGGCAGCGGGCCACCCAGACGUUGCCCGUCCUUAGCCAGAGACCCACCAGGUCAUUGAUCGUUUACGUUUUUGGCGCCAACAGCGGCGGCGAGCUGGGCCUCGGCCCCAGCGUCAAGUCGGGGAACAUUGGGAGACCGCGCGUGAACCCCUAUCUCUCAGAGUCGGGGGUCGUCCAAAUAUCCCUCGGUGCCAUGCAUGGCGUGGCGCUCACUCAGGACAACAGGAUAUUGACCUGGGGUGUCAACGACCAUGGCGCACUUGGCCGCGACACCGCAUGGGAGGAGAAACUGGUGGAUGCCGAUGGCGACGACAGCGAUAGUGAUGAUGGGGGCGACCUCAACCCGAAAGAAUCCACGCCAACACCCGUCGACAUGGGUGCUUUGCCCCCGGACACCGUAUUCACCCAGGUGGCGGCUACCGACAACGCCACCUUUGCCCUGACCAGCACUGGCCUUGUUUACGGAUGGGGUAGUUUUAGGUCAGAGGACGGCAAGCUGUCAUUCACACCCACCGUCGAGGUGCAGUCCCGCCCGGCUCUGAUUCCCUCCGUCAAGGACGUUAUCAAACUAUGCUGCGGAAGCAACCACGUCUUAGCCCUCACAGCAGAUGGCUUCGUGUACACCUGGGGCAGAGGCACUGAUGGCCAGCUCGGCCGCCGCUUCUCCUCUAGGAUCGUGGACUGGAGUAAGGCGGGGCUUGUCCCGCACAAGGUUGCCGAACUUAGGGAUAUUGUCGACAUCGGGAGUGGCUCAAACCAUUCCUUUGCCAUCGAGCGCUCCGGCCUAGUGUAUGGCUGGGGAUUCAACAACGCGGGGCAGGUCGGAGCCCUUGACAAAGCCGGCGAUCACGAAUCGGCCCACGAACACACCAUCGUGAUCUCUGUCCCCACCCUCGUCAAGGGGCUGGUGGGCCUUCCACGCACAAAGCAAGUCACCGGAGGAAACUUCCACACUCUCGCGGUUACCGAAGAUGGGAGGUGCCUCUCUUGGGGCCGACUCUAUUCAUGUGCUACGGGCCUCAAGGUCGAUACCUUGCCGCCUCAGUCCGUCGUCCGAGAUUCGCGGGGGCCGAGCUUCCUCGGGGUCCCGACGACCAUUCCAGGGCUUCCAGCUGCGUUCGUGGCAGCUGCGAGCGAGCACAGUCUUGCAGUUACGACCGACCAAAACGUCUACACCUGGGGCCUCAACCUGACCAAGCAGAUUGCCCAAAAAGGCGAGGAGAUUGAGGUUGCGACUCAGGUUACCCACGCCAGUGUCGCGGAUUUGCGACUGGUCUGGGCUGGCGCCGGUGCCCAGUACAGCAUGCUCGCCGAGUUUGCCGCCCCAGAAUAUAAUGGAUGA